AUGAGCAACUCUACACUCUCGAACGGCGUCCACGACGACAUCGACGGCGUCAAGCUGAAGCAGUCCCAAGGCGCCGCCGCCAACAGCAGCAUGCCCAUGACCAACGGUACCUACGAAGAAGACAACGAGACCUACGAAGACUCCUCGAAAGCCCUCUCCCUUCUCAAGUCCUACACCCACCGCGAUGGCAUCGACAUCGACCAGCUCAUGGACAACACGCAGAUCGGCGGUCUGACUUACAACGACUUCCUCCUACUUCCAGGCUACAUCGGCUUCCCUGCCAGCACCGUCGACCUAACCUCGAAGCUCACCCGCAACAUCACGCUCAAGACCCCCUUCACAUCUUCACCUAUGGACACGGUGACCGAGUCAAAUAUGGCGAUUCAUAUGGCGCUGCUGGGAGGCGUGGGUGUGGUGCAUCACAACUGCAGUAUCGAGGAGCAGGCGGAGAUGAUUAGGAAGGUGAAAAGGUUUGAGAACGGAUUCAUCCUGGACCCGAUCGUGAUUUCACCCAGCACAACUGUGGCAGAGGCGAGGGCCUUGAAGGACCGGUGGGGUUUUGGAGGGUUCCCGGUUACUGAGAACGGCACACUCCGAAGCAAGCUCGUUGGUAUAGUCACGCCCCGGGACACCCAAUUCCACCACAACGCAUCCUCGCCCGUUACAGAAGUCAUGAGCACAGACCUGGUCACAGCCAGAGAAGGCAUCAGCCUCAGCGAGGCAAACGACAUCCUCAGUCGCUCGAAGAAGGGCAAGCUGCCGAUCGUAGACGCGCAGGGCAACCUCGUCUCUAUUCUCAGCCGAAGCGAUCUGAUGAAGAACCUCCACUUCCCUCUGGCAUCCAAGGUUCCUGGUACCAAACAACUACUAUCCGCAGCUGCCAUCGGAACGAGAGAGGCCGACAAGGAUCGUCUUAGAGCGCUUGUGGACGCUGGCCUGGACAUCGUCAUCCUCGACAGCAGUCAAGGCAACUCGAUGUAUCAGCUGGAAAUGGUUCGCUGGAUCAAGCAGACCUACCCUCAGAUCCAAGUCGUCGGUGGCAACGUGGUGACUCGCGACCAGGCCGCUUCUCUCAUUGCAGCAGGUGUGGAUGGCCUUCGUAUCGGUAUGGGCGCCGGCUCCGCAUGCAUCACUCAAGAAGUUAUGGCAGUCGGCCGACCGCAAGCCACCUCCGUCUACCGCGUCGCCGAGUUUGCAGCCAAAUUCGGCGUCCCUUGCAUCGCAGACGGCGGCAUCCAGAACGUCGGCCACAUCGUCAAAGCCCUCUCUCUCGGCGCAAGCACCAUCAUGAUGGGUGGCCUCCUCGCCGCCACCACUGAGUCGCCCGGCGCAUAUGUCGUCGGCCCCGACGGCCAGCUCCGCAAGACCUACCGCGGCAUGGGUUCCAUCGACGCCAUGGAGGACAAGAAAGCCGCCGGCUCCACCCUCAACACCGCCACCGCCAAAGCCGCAAACACCGCCCAGAACGCCGGUACCGCGCGCUACUUUUCCGAAGGCGACAAGCUGCUCGUCGCGCAAGGUGUGAGCGGCAGUGUGCUGGACCGGGGCAGUAUUACGAAGUUCCUGCCGUACCUGAUGGCCGGGAUCCAGCACAGUCUGCAAGAUAUCGGAGUGCAGAGUCUGAAGGAGCUGCAGGCCGGUGUGAAGAGCGGGAAGGUGCGAUUCGAGUUCCGGACGGCGAGCGCGCAGGCGGAGGGGAAUGUGCACGGGAUGGUUGGGGUGGAGAAGAAGUUGUUUUCUUAG